AUGGAUGUUAGAGAUGAUUCGUCAGAUGAAUCGGGAGGAUCUUCACCAGGAAAAAAUAAAGAGAAAAUUCGUCGUUCCACUGAGAUCAAAUAUAUUGAAGACAGAAACCGUCGGAAGGUAACCAAGUGUAAGAGAAAGCGUGGUAUUAGCAAGAAGUUUGAAGAGCUAAGCAAACUUACCGGUGCCCAGAUGCUGUUGGUUAUCGUCUCCAAAGAUCGUUUGGCAUGUUGGUCCACCGACAAGUUCAAACCAUUCGUUCAACCCUAUGGCAUGACCUUGAUUCGCAAUUGUUUGGAGCCCAACUCCGAAUCUCUGUUCCACGAAGUAGAAGAAGGUUCUCCGCUAAACGAUUCCACUUUUAUGAGUCAUAAUUAUUAUGAUUCCCUACUUGAAAAAAAUAAUCAAAUACAAGUUAAUAAUGUUAAAAAUAGUAGUAAAAACAAUUCCUAUAGUAGUAGUAGUAGUAGUAGUAGUAAUAAUAGUAAGCAGGAGGAAUCAGGUGAUUCCGAUUCAUCAACAAAUCAAACAGCUCCACAAAUUACAACUACCAAUUUAUUAUUCCAAAAACCAAUAUCAACAUCAACAUCAACUUUAACAAAAACUAUUAUACAUAGUAAACUUCCAAUCAAGGAAACCAUUCAUACCGUUCCUUCCAACCCCAUAAUUAAAAAACCAACACCAAUAACUCCUACCGAAAAUAAUCAACUUCCUCCUUUAAAAACCAUUCAUAAUCAACAUCCUGUUCGGGUUCAACCAUCGACUAAAAUUCUUUUUCAAAAAGAAAAUAAUAUUCACAAUCAGAAUAGUAGUACUAUUCAUGUCAAUCCUCAAUAUAAAAGACAAUUUCACCAGUAUCAAAAUGAUCAAUAUAUGCCAAGUAUUCUAAAAAGACUACAAAGUGAGAAUGCUUCAUAUGUUCCUCAGAGUCAAUAUAGUUUUCCCAAUCAACCACAUCAACCACCACAACAACAACCACAACCACAACCACAACAACAAAAACCACAACAACCACAACAACAACAACAACAACAACAACAUUCUGUUUUAAAAUUACUUCAACCAUCACAUCAUUCCUUUCAAGGAAAUCAACACCAACUACCUACUCACCAGAAUGAUUUUCAUAAUCGUUCAGUUCCUUCAUACAUUCAGCGUGAUAUUCAAAAACCUAAAUAUAACCAAGUUGAAUUCCAACAACACCGACUCACCAAAUCAGAUAAUCACCUUCAUAUUCAGACCAAUCCUCAAUAUGUCUAUUAUAGUCAACCACCAAGCCCAAACCAAUCAAGAGAUAAUAAUUAUAUAAUGUUUUCACAUCCAAAUAUCUAUCAGAAUAGCUAUGUUCCAAAUCAAAGACAAGAUGUAUACACUCUCCCCAGUUACAAUUAUUCAACAACACCGAACCACCAACAGCUUUUUAAUAACUACCAACAAACUCAUUCACAACAACACCACCAACAUCUUCAACCGAUCCAAACUAACACCAAUCAUUAUCAAAACCAACAAGAAAUCGAGGUUAAUACUAUGUCUAUAAAGAAUACUCUACUAUUUGAAUCCGUUCCAUAUAGAGGUUUCCAAGAAGAAGAUGAUGAUGAAGAUGAUGAAGGUAUCAGGUACUCAAAGAAACUUAGAACCAAACCAAAACUGAUUCCAUUCUUUCAUAAAGAUUGGAAUUAA